CAACACAACCGCUAGCCGAUUUAGCUGCAGACAGAUAUUGAAGUAACUGGAAGACGACAUUGUUGUAGUGACAACGAUUAUGGUUGGUUUGAUUAAUCCCAUAACGAUGUCUUCAUCUGAGGGUUUGAGAGAGUUUGUCAACGAGCGACUAACUGCUGCUGCUGAAGAAAUAUUCAGAGUUUUUAACAAAACUGUCGUCGAGUACGAGAAAGAGAUCGACCGUCAGCGCAGACUGCUGGAUAUCAUUUGGAAACCUGAAAUAAAGUUACACCCGAUAGAUCUACCACAGCAUCAUGUUUAUACAGAGGAGCAGGACAUUCUCUCUGACCAGCAGCUCUGUAAUCAGGAGAGGAACUCCAGUCUGGACCAAGAGGACCCAGAGCCUCCACAGAUUAAAGAGGAACAGGAGGAACUCUGCACCAGUCAGGAAGGAGAGCAGCUUGUCCUGAAGCUGGAGAUGGAUAACUUUAUGUUGACUCCUGCUUUUGAGGACAGUGACCACAGUGAACCUGAACCAGAAAGUGACCGCCAGCUCCUCUCUGACAAUUCUCAUGAGGCUGAGAGUCAAAAUCAGAAUGAAGAGAAGCAUGGAGACUCAGGAUCAAGUAGAAAUACAGAGCCUGAACCAAAUGAAGGGCACCACAAAACCAGAAGUCCCAGUACGAGUGUUGACAAACCUAACCAGUCAGAGGUUGACUGUAAUAGUAAUAGAGGUAAACAGUCCUUCAAAUGUGACAGUUGUGGGAAAGACCUUAAAUGUAAGUCAAAAUUAAAUGUUCACAUGAGAACCCACACAGGUGAGAAGCCGUACAGUUGCAAGACCUGUGGAAAAAGAUUCACUGUCAUUUCUGUAUUGAAAAGGCAUCUGAGAAUCCACACAGGUGAGAAGCCAUAUUCUUGCAACACGUGUGGAAGACAUUUCCGAAUUAUCAGUGACUUGAAAGUCCACAUGAGAAUCCACACUGGUGUAAAGCCGUAUUCUUGCAAAACAUGUGGGAAAGGGUUUUCACGUAGCAAUGCCUUGACAGCCCACCUGAGAGUCCACACAGGUGAGAAGCCUUACAUUUGCAAGACCUGCGGGAAAAGAUACAGUGACAUUUCAGGAUUGAAAAGGCAUUUGAGAAUCCACACAGGUGAGAAGCCAUAUUCUUGCAACACAUGUGGAAAAGAUUUCCGAGAUGGCCGUGACUUGAAAGUCCACAUGAGAGUCCACACAGAGCUCCAACAGCAACAUGUUCAUAGGGAGCAGGAAGUUCUGGCUGACCAGCAGCUCUGUAAUCAGGAGAGGACCUCCAGUCUGGACCAAGAUGACCCAGAGCCUCCACAGAUUAAAGAGGAACAGGGGGGAUUCUGCACCAGGCAGGAGGGAGAGCAGCUUGUACUGAAGCAGGAGACUGACACUUUUAUGUUGACUCCUGCUUAUGAGGAAAGUGACCACCAGUUCUUCUCUGACAACUCUCAUGUCGCUGAGAGUCAAGAUCAGCGUGAAGGCAAGCAUGGAGACUGGAGAUCAACUCGAGAGACAGAAACCAGAAGUCCCAGUAAUUAUGUUUACAAACCUAACGGGUCAGAAAUGUACUGUAAUGCUCAGAUAGGUAUAAAGCCUUUCAAAUGUGACAGUUGCGAGAAAGGUUUCACUGUCCUUUCGGCAUUGAUAAGGCACAUGAGAACACACACAUGUGAGAAGCCGUAUUCUUGCAGCUCAUGUGGAAAAGAGUUCCGAAUCAUCAGUGACUUGAAAAUUCACAUGAGGGUCCACACAGGUGAGAAGCCGUACCGUUGCAAAACAUGUGGGAAGGGUUUCUCCCGCAGUAGUGCCUUGACAGUCCACGUAAGAACCCACACAGGUGAGAAGCCGUUUUCUUGCAACACUUGUGGAAAAGAUUUCCGGAGUGGCGGUGACUUGAAAGUUCACAUGAGAACCCACACAGGCGAGAAGCCAUACCAUUGCAAGAUCUGCAGAAAAAGAUUCAGUCAUAUUUCAGCGAUGAUAAGGCAUAGGAGAAUCCACACAGGUGAGAAGCCGUAUUCUUGCCCCAUGUGUGGAAAGGAUUUCAGAUUUGGCAGUAACUUGAAAGAUCACAUGAGAAUCCACACAGAUGAAGAGCAGUUUACCUGCUAAACGUGUGAGGGCUGCCAGGCUUAAUGUUCUUCAUAGUAUCUUGAAAGACAAUUUUAGAAGAGCACACACUUUUGAUAGAUACCUUAAACGAACAUCCAUGUUACAUCCACGUUACUCCUAAGAAGUCAUGUUGAGAAGAGGACAUAAUAUGUUUUAAAGUCUUACAUUUUCAACAGUGCAAUAGUUUUGACAUUUGUUUAUUUAAUUUCUUUCAUACACUACCUCAGUUAUGUGAGCGGACUAUAAACUCUGAAGUUGAAGCGGAGAGUUUUGAGACUAGAGUCAUCUCUUUUUUUCAGCAAAAUGUUAUUCUAUAAUUGUAUGUAUAUUGUUACUGGUUCAUCUUGAUGUACUUUUCUGGGUGGUAUUGAAUUAACUGUCAAACGCAAAUUGUAGAUAGUGUGCUGCAUGUUGUUCUGCUGUUCUUUUUCACCUAAUGUUAUUAUGUAUAGCCCUAAUGUAAUAAUCUGAGAUCCACACUUAAGUCUAAAUUACUAAAGCUAAAAAAUAAUGUUGAUGUAAAUUA